AUGGCCGAUAAUCAAGCACGCUCCUCAAAGAAACGCUUUCGUUCAGAUGGCACGUCAAUCUGGACACGCCCCAAAAUCGAUGGUCCUGGUGUUUGGAUAACUUGUGUCAAAGGCAAGGAGAGACAGGCUAUUGGGGAAACAUAUGACUUAUUUGAGAGGCUUGUGGAAGAACUGUGGCCUCCUGCUGAAGAUCCUAUCGUCAAUGGUGAUGAUGUCAACGAAAGCGACGAAGAAGACCUUGAGAAAGCCAUAUCCAAGGAAGUUCAGAACAUGAAACGACCACGAAAAGAAAAACUGUUCGCUGCUUGUCAAACAAAUACGCCUUGUUUGGUGUUUAUCUCGUGCAAAUCUCCUGUGGACCCUGUAUCUCUUAUAGCACUGCAUAUGAAAAGAGUCGAUGAAACAGGAAUUACACAUACUAGGAGUACACAUCGCUUUACCCCUAUUUCAAGCUCCUGCGACACUAAUCUUCCGGAAAUUAUCUCAUUAUGCAAGCGCGUCGUUCUACCCGUCUUUGAACGAGAAGAAAAGAGGUCCUCUCGAUACAAACUCGAAGUUAGAAUGCGUUACCACAACACCCUUACACGGGACGAAGUCAUCAAAGUGAUCGCACAAUGUAUCCCCGAAGAACACAAGGUCGACCUUGAGAAUCCUGAUUUAUUCAUUUUGGUUGAGAUUUUCAAGGCGAGUCGUUCUCGUCCCUCCCCUGCGACUUUUGGAGUCAGUGUCGUCAAAGAUUACUAUCGAUACAAAAAGUUCAACGUGGUCGAGGUGUCCCAGGCGAAACUUGCAAGAGUCGAUGACACUGAGGGGUAA